AUCACUGAUCAUCAGAAAGAGCCAAAGACGUCGGCUCUGUCAUGUGAUCAGCUGUGUCCAAUCACAGCUGAUCGCAUGGCACUGAUGAUCAGUGUGCCCUGAUGAUCAGUGUAGCCCCAGCAGUGCCACCUGUCAGUGUCCAUCAAUGCCACCUGUCACUGCCCAUCAGUGCCACCUGCCAGUGCCACAUCAAUGCCACAUAUCAGUGCCUACCAGUGCACAUGAAUGCCACAUAUCAGUGCCCAUCUGAGCUGCCUUUCAUGCCACCUAUCAGUGUCAGUAAGUGCCACCUA